AUGACCACAACUUUUCGAUGUACAACACUAGAGACGUCCAUGCAAAUGCAAGCCUGCCGAAUGUUCUGGCAUAAAUCCACGAUCAGUAUCGUCCUCAGACGGGAACUGGGAGAUUGCACUCCGAGUCGAGAGGUUCCAGUGCUUUACGUUAAGCGUCCCGCAAUAUUCGGCGGUGACUUAGAAAUCGACCUCGGUGGCAGCGUUCACCCAGUGCGUAUGCUUCCAGUAUCGGGCAAGGAUGUACGCAAUCUUCGCUUUGGACUCGUAUACGGACCCAAGCGAAAGCGCAUUCGGUUCCGCGCACCUGAUGCAGCGACAUACGAUAAUUGGGAGAUGAUUCUCGAAGUUGCUGUCGAGAAAGCGGCAGCGGAGCGACCAACAUUCCCCUCAUGGCCGUAUCCUGGCACAUCACCUAGCUUAUCAGCAAUAGAAGACGGAUACACCUCGGAGGAGACGCCUACGACCGCAUCCCUUCGACCGAGAGCGAGUAUGCGAUGA